AGCAACCAUGGCAAAGCGUGUUGCAGUUAUUCUAUCAGGCUGUGGAGUCUACGACGGCACAGAGAUCCACGAGGCCUCGGCUGUCCUGGUCCAUCUGAGUCGUGCUGGAGCAAAAGUGCAGAUGUUUGCUCCAGAUGCAGCUCAGAUGCAUGUUGUAAAUCACUGUGAGGGGAAACCUACUGAGGAGAAGAGGAACAUCCUGCAGGAGAGCGCCCGUAUCGCCAGGGGCGAGGUGACAGAUCUGGCUAAGCUGGAUGUCGCAGCGUUUGAUGCUGUCAUCAUACCAGGAGGCUUUGGUGUGGCUAAGAACCUGAGCGACUGGGCUGUGAAGAACAAAGACUGCAUCAUCCAGCCACAUCUGGAGAAGCUCAUCAAGGAUUUCCACAAAGCUGGGAAGCCUCUGGGCAUGUCCUGUAUCUCCCCUGUCCUCGCUGCAAAGCUGCUGCCUGGCUGUGAGCUCACCGUGGGGCAGGACAAAGAGUGUGAAAAGUGGCCACAUGCUCAGACAGCUGAAGUGCUGAAGGACAUGGGCUGCAAACACGUGAACAAAGACGUGAGUGAAGCUCACGUUGAUGUCAAAAACAAGCUGGUCACCACCUGUGCCUUCAUGUGCAACGCUCCAUUUCACAAAAUCUUUGAUGGAAUCGGCGUCAUGGUUCAAGAAACACUGAAACUGGCCUGAAAAGAUUAUUGGUGCUUAGUCAGUUCAAUAUAUUUUCUCUAGUAAAUCAUGAGAGUUCUCCAGGAACUGUACUUAAACAGCUGUAUCUCACCCUGACGGAUAUUUUCAAUAAACCUUUUCUGAAAAUGA